GGGGAUAUUGCAACUGGAAACGCACCGUCGCGACUACGUGCUACAAUUGCGCUGCUUGCGCUGUCAUUCACUUCAAAUUUGCGUGCCACCUUUGCUUGCUGUGAGACGGUCGUCAUCAAGGCCUGCUUGUGCACAUAUCCUUUUUAGAUACCGACUUUAGAUGAAGUGCUGGUACGCGUGAAUCGUUGUUGUCUAUAGCUAGCCUCCGAGCUCACGCAUCACACCAUCAUUGUCGUUGCCCCCCAACAUGCCAGCAGACGAACCGCGCCGGUCGGUGCGGGCCAACAAAGGUCAACACAAGAACGCGUCUCCGUCACCAGUACCAGCGCCAAAGGCCAAAGCCACCAAAGCGAACAAGGGCAAGGCGAGCAAGAAGCAAGCUGAGCCCCAGGUCGACGAUGAACCGGCUCAAGAAGACGAAGACAACGAAGAAGAGGAGGACGAAGAGAUUCGCUGUAUCUGCGGCAACGAUGAUCGGAAAGACACUCGGCCAUUCAUUGCGUGCGACGCAUGCUCCGUGUGGCAACACAAUGUGUGCAUGGGUAUUCCUGACGAUGAGGACGACGUGCCAGAGCAUUACUUCUGCGAACUGUGCCGACCAGAAGAACAUCAGGAAACUAUCCAGGCCUUGCAGCGAGGCGAAGAGAUCUGGGAUACCCGCAAUAAGAUCUACUUGGCCGAGAAUGAGUCAAGCAAGAAGGGUAAGAAUCGCAAGAGGAAGGGCCGGCAGAGCGAGGGAGGGGUUCCUGGGUGGCUGAAGAAAGACGUCCCCCCACAAGAUUUUAAAGUUCCUGUAGAUGUGAAAGCAUUGCCGAGCGACGAAACGCCUGCCAAAGAAACCCACGAGAGCAGUACGAAGCGCAAGCGCGAGGAGUUGCAGGAGGAACAAUCAACAGAAACCAAGCUUGAGACCGAUGAAGAGGCGAAGGAAGCAGGACGACAAGACAAACGGCGAAAAUCUUCAGCCACCGAAAACAAAGGCUCUAAAGAUCCAGAUACCGCUCUCGUGCCAAUUGAUCAGCUUCCUGCCGAUAGAAGAAAGGUCGCCAUGGCGCUCAGUCAGGUCGUUGCCAGUGACGUCCUUGAGCGGGCGAAAAGGUCGGCCUUGAAGCUACCUCAUGGGCUCACCAAGAAGAACGUUGGGGACCACUAUGGAGCGCGAAUCGAGUAUGCACUCCAGAUGAAUCACGGUAGCACGAAAGAUGCGGCAUACAUGACGCAGUUCAGAGCGCUCCAUGCCAACCUGAAGAAAAACCAUAGCUUGAUUACACGUUUGCUCAGCAAUACGCUCACCCCAGAUCAACUCUCAAUUAUGAGUACAAGCGACAUGGCAAGCGAAGAAUUGCAACGCGAGCGAGCUGAACUAAAGGAAGUGUUGGAUCGACAAGCAGUCGCAGUCAGUGAAGAGGGCCCGAGAUAUCGUCAAGAUCACAAAGGUUAUCAUGCGAUCGAAGGAGAACCAAACCCGACUCCCGAUACGCGCUUGCCCACUCCGCCUCCGGCAGCAGCUGGAGCGUCACCAGAUGUCGCGCAAGGGACCCAUCAGAGUAAUGAGUCGAUUAAGACAGACGGUGAGGUCGAAGGUGCUCCAAGCAAGCCAGAAGAAGCGCGAGAUGGUGCCGCUGCAGGUCAACAAUUCGAUAUGAAGGAUAUCUGGGCCAAAACAGCGCAAUCGCCAACAAAUGCAAAUCCGCAGAACGGUUCACGGGGAAAGCACGCAAGUGCACGUCGUUCUAGCUCCGUCCAAUUAGCCGCCCCGGCUAACACUGGGGCAAAGGAUGAUCCUGAUGUCGAUCGCCUGCUGGACGACAAUGACGAGGCCUAUUCACCGGCAGCGGCCACUGGAUCGGAAGCUGUCGUUUGGCGUGGCAAGCUCAUCCAGAAUAGCGAAGAAGCUGCUCCAGUGCUCAACGCACGGUUUGUCGCUGGCAGAGACCUUGUGUCUACUAUAUCAUGGCAAGAUCUACUCCCUAGUUCCCUCUCCAUUGAUGGACGGCUACAGAUCCAGAAGGCCGAGGAUUACCUCUGCGGACUCCGCUGGAGCACGACUAGUGACGUCUCUGUUCUCUCCUUGACACCAUACGAUAAUGCCGAUGCGUUCAACAAGAUCUUCGAUUACUUCCACAGCAGGCAGCGAUAUGCAGUGGUCGAAAAGGGAAAGCCGCCGCUCGUCAAGGAGUUUUACAUAAUACCUGUGGAGGUUGGCGCAAAUUUGCCCGAGCAUAUUGAGAUGCUGGAGCAUUGCACGAUCAAGAAACCGAUCGAAGAGCGGCUGUUGCUCGCUUCGCUGACCGUCUCUCGUGCGCCUGAAGAGGCGCUGGCGCUGCUGACCACGGCGACGCCGGCUCAGCAUGCUCAACCAGGUCCCAACGGCGGCGUGCCUCAGCAUCUCCGUCAAAGCAUCUCGGGACCGGCGGCUUCCCCUAUGACGGGACAAACACCAAUGUCACCAGUCGUUCACAAUGGUCCGCUCUCAUCACACAUACCAUCUGCAGUCUCUCCCGCUGGCUUCGGAACGCCGACGCCCUUUCCACCCAAUCCAUAUGGUAAUCGACAACCGCAGCCCAACCCGCUGUACGCGAAUCCACCACCACAGCAAGCCGCUCCUCCCUGGGCAAAUCCUCGCGUGACGGAGAUUCUUGGUGAUUUGCAAUUCACGCCUUCGGCAAUGCAAAUUCUUCAAGCAUCACCACAUAUGAGUGACCAGCAAUUGCAGGGCUUAAGACAUGUCCUCACAGAGAACCCGCAUUCGAGGAACGAUUUUGCAGCCUUAAGUGCUAUCCUGAGGGGAUAAGGAAGGAGGCACGGGCAUCUAUGGUAGAAUAAUGCAUGGUGACAACGGACUCGGAUGAACGGUAUGGCAUCGGCGGAGAACCUAUCUAGUGAAUGGCUCGAUUCUAAUUAAUGCAACA